GGGUCACGUGUGUACACAGUGUCGGGCUCCAGCAGUAGUAAAGUCUGCUGCGGCUCUGCCUCCUUUUCAGAACAAGCCUCGUCCUCCGGAAAGUUGACGGACGAAGUGCUCUGAAAUGCAGUGAAACGGUUCCGCUUUGUGGAUCUCGCCGUUUUUUGGAGGCGUCGAGGACCCGAGGCGCGUAAUUUCUCAUUCCCCAGGAUGUGUGUUUGUGGAUUGAAACGAGAGAGAAAUGCGAGUGGAGACGCUUCAUCCAAACAUAAUGCCCCCGUAGGUUUGUCACCGAGCCAAGUCCAUACGUUUCUGUCGACCUGUUGAGUGCUUGACCUGUGUCAGAGCCCAGCGAUGUGGAUCUGCAUUGUUUACAAUGAGACGGACACCAGCGUGGACUUCCGCCCCUGCCAGGACUUUGGCCUCAUCCUGUCAGUCUUCUCCCUCAUCUACCUCCUGGUGUGCUUUCCACUGGGGCUGUGCUACAAUGUACUGCUCGUCGUGGUCAACCUCUCCAACAAGGUGUCUAUGACCAUGCCAGAUGUGUAUUUCGUCAACAUGGCCAUCGCGGGCCUCGUGCUUAACCUGGUGGCGCCCGUGGAGCUGCUGAGCUCCACCUUCACCCGCUGGCACAUAUGGGAGUACAACAAAGAGGUGUACAUCACCCUGCUCAUCCUCUUCAACAUCUCGUCACUGGUGAUCAUGUAUUCCACCACGCUGCUCAGUCUGGACUACUAUAUAGAGCGAGCUCUGCCUCGCACGUACAUGUCCAGUGUGUAUAACACUAAACAUGUGUGUGGGUUCAUCUGGGGCGGUGCAGUGCUCACCAGCUUCUCUUCGCUGCUCUUUUACGUGUGCAACCACAUCUCCACUAAGAUGGUUGAGUGCUCGAAAAUGCAGAACAAGGAGGCGGCAGACGCCAUCAUGAUGUUCAUCGGCUACGUGGUUCCAGCUGUGGCCGUCCUUUAUGCCUUUGUGCUCAUUUUGCGCAUUAGAAAAGAGUCAACGCCUCUGGAUCAGGACUCCGCUCGCUUGGACCCUUCUAUCCACAGGCUGCUGCUAGCCUCAGUCUGUGUGCAGUUUGUACUGUGGACCCCAUACUACAUGACCCUGUUGGUGCACACUGUAGCUGGUGCACCCGGGUAUGUUAGCAAUGCUCAGUACUUGCCUACCUAUUUCUUCUUGAGAUGUGUGUCUAAACUGCUGGCAUUCUCAAGCAGUUUUGCGAUGCCUCUCAUGUACAGGCAGAUGAACAAAAACUUUUCCAACAAGCUUCAGCGGCUGCUCAGGAGGCUGCACUGUGGAGACCGCUCCUGCCCUCACGAACGCUCAAACGUGCAGCAAGUGGUGACGUGAGGUCACCCCCGGGAGAUCAGCGACACACCCUCCCAUUUCCCCAUUUCCACCUCAUGGCCUAGCCGGCACUUAACCCCCACCUCCCCCUACAGAGCCAGUAUGUGACUGCGCUCCCUCGCUGCUCUGGACUGUGUUAAGAGCGAUGUAGCUGACUGUGGAAUUUCCUGUCACCUUCCAAAACUUGAUCUGAUCUAUCCUGUGAGAGGACAAACCAAGCAAAAAACCACUAAGUGCUGUUAUUUCUUGUCACAGAGUGAAGCUCUCCACUAAAAUAUUCUAGUUUCUAGUUUCAGGGCAGUAAAUUUGGCAGAAUCAGCCAAUAACGCUGGCAAAAUAUCCAGUUAGCAAGGGAGUCCCUAUCAAUAUCCCUUUGCACUGGAUGUUUUUUUUGUGUAAAGUUGUUUUCCUGCUAACAGAGUGCAAGUGUGGCUAAUGCAUGACAGACUGAAUUUCACUGUUAAGUGUCAAUAUGCUAGCAAAUACGAUUUAUUUUUUUAAAGGUCUUUAGUGUUUCCCUCCAGUAUAAAGCUACCCCCCCCCCCCCCCACACACACACACACACACACACAAGCAGAGGCAGUAAAGCUAUUAACUUAAAUUAUGAAGUGACGCCAAGUUAUUUUGUUUCUGAAGAGAAAACUGUGCAAACCUGCCUUGACGGAUGGUGGCUGGUAUAUCAGCAACCCACCACAGCUAAUGAACUUGUGUUGUGUCAGCAUUGCAAAGCUACGCUCGGCGCCGCUGAAGAGCUCUGUUUACUGCCCUGAAGCUACAGGCCUUGAUCACUUGAAUGAAAAGACGGUUCUACCUUUGUAGAGCCGAAUUUUCCUUUUUACUUAAAUGCUUGGAGAGUGAUUCCUCGUUAUCAGUGCAAAUGUUCUUUACAUUUCAAAGGUGAAGAACAAUUAUUCAAUUACUCUUCCAGAUAUUGUAGCUUAAUUUCAAAAGCUAUCUUCUUUAUUGAUACCAGCACUACCCUGUAGCUAUAAGUAGACGCUGGUAUGAUGUUCUCAUUUCUUUCUUUUUUUUAUAGAUUGGAGUUCUGAGAAUUUGAUCCACUCACAGGCAUAGAGAGAUUAUUCUUGCAUAUGUGAAACUCCACGUUAGGAAACAAAUAGUGUACACACACACAUUACUUUGAAGCAACACAUGAAAUGCUCAUAUAAAGCUUGUAAUCAGGUUUCAGACAUAACCGGUAUACCUCUCUGCUGAAAUCACAUCACCUGUUAACCACACGCAGUUCAAAUCAACUCACUAAAAAAAAUACACUCAUUAAUCUGAGUGGAGAGCCUCAGCUCAGUGUGUGCUUCGUUGAGAUGUGUUUCGCAUCUGCUGGAGUUAUGCAUGCGGUGUCACAUUGGGUCAGUCAAGUCCACAUGGGUUCACAGAGAAGACCCUGAGGAGGAGGUGGAAUGUACAUUCCCUAAAUUGCAUGCCCACUUAUGAGUGGUAGGGAGGUUUGGUCCAGGUGGAAAUAUGUAGCCUGACUGGGUCACUCGAGAGGCACCAUCAACAAAAAAAAACCUUCACUUAUGUAUGAACGACUCACCUGCCAAGCACCUGCAAACAGUGUGUUUGACACAGAAGUAGAGUUUGAUCUGUAAAUGCUGCUCAGAUGCAUCAAGGUUAUCUGCACGUUUUUUGGCAAAAGCUACUUCGCUUUCUGGCCGGCCAGACAAUUCUAAUAGAGAUGAAUCCCAGUUAUAACAUGAACAAUAAAAUAUUGUUCUUGCAUUAUGAGGUCUGCGCAUUAAGUUUAGUUUUUAUUUGAUUUCAGAAUGAAAGGGCCAGUUUAUGAAUCAUCCUGUGAACAAAUACACGGCGAGGUGGGGGCAGGAAGUGAACACUGGUAAAUCCCUCUCAGACAACAGUCAAUGAUAAUCACUUAUAUUUGUAAAAGGUUGAAUUUUACAAACAACUGGCUUUGACUGUGAAAUUCAAUGGAUUGGACAGCGAUUAAAAGCUUUUCAUAGAAAUAUGCAGUUAUUAUUAAGAUUAUAAUAUAAUUUUACAUUUGCACGUACUCACAAACCAGGAAUAUUUUUUCUAGGUCUGUGGUGUGUAACAGUGUCCAACUAUCGACUUUCCACUGCACAGCCCCAUCAUCAUUUGUGUAUCUGCAAUCAGUGAGUAGGAAGUAAGUGUUUGUUUUCAACUGGAACUGUGUGUUUACUUUAUGCGCUACAGUAUCUGCUGCCCCUAUUUCUACAAAAUCAUAUAGUUAAUCAUUAUUUAACCUUAGUUCAAAGUCCUGAUGCUCACUAGUCAUUUAGGCCUGGGAGUCAAACAGAAGAACAUCAAAUGAUGAGUGGUGUGAAAUGUGGAAAAGGUGGUGUCCAUUUUAAGACAGCACUUUGUACUGAACUGUCAGAGAUUACAGUUGUGUCCACAUAGUUUUUACCAAAAAUUCAACUAUUACUUAAUCAGUAGAUCCAAUAAUGACACUUGAAUUACAGCGAACAGAAUCAAAUUGUUACUAUUUUAAUCAAUAUUUGACACGUGUUCAUGUUUCCUUUGGUAUUUUUAUGCAGAUUAAAUGGACAAGCUUGAUGUCAAAUUUACUGUAGUUUAAUGAAAAUACAUCCAAGUAGAAACAUUAGAGUUGUAGUUGUUUUGAUUAAAAAAUAUUUUUAGGUUUCAGUGAUUUUUAAUCUGGGUCAGAAUCUGCAUUAAUGACAAUCAUGGUGCUUUUUAGCAAAGUAAAAAGUUUGAGGCAAAUUACACGAAGCCUUCGUGGAUUAUCAAACGAUCGUGGUUGUGGUAAUAAUUAGCAGCCACGACAAACUGGCCACACCAUCUUCACAACUGGAAAAUAAAGUUUGAUCAAAGUGGGUUUCAAAUCACGCCCAGUUCUGAUGAGUGCGCUGUCUGUCUGGGUUUGGUCUCUUAUUUCAGAGGGGCCGUACACUCUCACAUCAUUGCAAAGAAAUGUGAGUGAUUACCACUGAGUUCAGUUAAAUAGCCGAAACAGGCCGAACAGUUUGAGUUUCGAAUGUAUGCAGAUGUAUUUUAGCUGGCAAAACCUCAGAAGUCGAGAUGAAUCCACUUUUCAGAUGUGAUGCUUUACGACUGUGUAUGCAAGUGUAAAUGUCAUGUGUAUAUAUUGUAUGUGAGAGAUUUACAGGAAGACAACACGCUCUUUCAAGUGAUGUUUUCAAAAAAACAUACAGUAUUAUUUUUUUUGAGAGAUAUAUUUAGAUUCUGUAAGUAAUCUACCCAGCUGAGUCAAAGACUGAUUAAACAAUAAACUAACA